AUGGCCUCGAUCUAUGAGAAUUCGCUGCUUACUAUCGCCGCCACAAAGGCUUCUGGCCACCAAGAAGGUCUGCACGCUGAAGAAGACGAAGAGACAGUCUAUCUGGAGUGUAUACCAGCGUCUGAACUUGGCCAUGGACUCAUCGAUGACAUAUGGGUGCGCCUCGCCUACCCAAACAGCCGGGAAGCCAUAAAUCACUGGCAUGAGAGCACCAAUGCAAAAGACAACGAGCAAGAGUGGCCUCUUCUCACUCGAGCAUGGGUGUUUCAAGAACGUCUUCUAUCGCCUAGAAUGCUUCAUUUUGCCAAGAGAGAACUGGUUUGGGAGUGCCGAACAUGCGUUUCCUGCGACUGCGGCAAGGACCAUGACAAACCAAGCGAUGAUCUCGAGUUCCGCAGACUCGUCAGUAGUCAGUCGAUCAAGACCAGCGAUGUCACACCGAUGCAGUUAAGAUACCUUUGCGACGUCUUUCCUGCUCUUUCCGGUCUCGCAAGUCGAAUAUCAGGGCUGCUCAACGAUGACUACAUGGCCGGGCUCUGGCGCAGCAAUCUGGUCGAGGGCCUUCUCUGGACCCGCGAUACCAAGUACGGGUGCAGGAAAGACGGCAAACCAAAAGAAUGGCGCGCUCCAAGCUGGUCGUGGGCAUCUAUCGUGGGCGAGAUAGUCUACCAGCACAAGGGCCGAUCCUACUUUGGAUCUGAGCUCCAGGAGAUAUACACAAACGCCGUCAACGUUUACUGCUACCCAACAGGCCUGGACAGGACAGGAGAAAUGUCCUCGGCUAUGUUGACACUUUCUGGCUGGACAUCCCCUGCUACACUACGAAUACGCCGUACAGAACGACGAUCCAUGCGAUCAGAUGAACCAAUAGUCGAGGUCUCCCACACUCUUGUCCGGUACCAUAGUGGCGAAGGAACAAGAUUUAUCCCUGACCACCCUGAAGACAUGAUUGACGGAGCUGUGGUUCUCUGUAUGAGACUUGCCAAGAUUGGGGGCCGCGACUGUAUGAACUGUCCACCCCCAGUAACAGUCUGCCAACUUUGCAAGGAGCUGCUUAUUCCAGAGACCAACCCCCAUUACGACCAGACUUCCUCAGGCAAGAGGGAGUCCUACCGGGAUCGAUGGACCCUGAAACACUCGGCUGAUCAGGGAUGCUUCCUUUGCAGCCGAAUUCGUGAGCGCUUGGACCCAUUCGGCGAAGAGACAGCCCCAAACGACCAAGACCCUCCACUGUCUCCGGACAAGCUCGGCCGUAAAUGGCCUGGAGGGACUAUGCUGCUUCAUUAUCCCGAAGGGCAUCACUGUGAGGCCAUAGAGAUCAUUAUUGAUCCUUCGAUGCUUCAGUCAUCUCCUGAACGGAGAAAUGGCAUCUUCUUCAUACUUAACCCUCUGGAAGAAUCAUCCAUGACGGAUACCGUCAAACGGCUCCCAGAAAGCACAAAGUCCCCCGCGACAUUGUCCACGGCCAAGGAAUGGAUCUCCAAUUGCGUCAGAAACCACCUAAAGUGCAAAGACGUCAACCCUGAAAGGGAUUGGUACCCUACUAGGCUCCUAGACUGCGGAUCCCAGGCAGAUACAGACCGACGGUGCACCUUGGUAGAAACAGGAACCAAUGUCGUCACCGGGGGUUAUAUGACUCUAAGCCAUUGCUGGGGUCUUGUCAACUGCAUGAAGCUGACAACGGACAACUAUGACGAGAUGGUCAGGGGAGUACCCUCGUCCCAGCUGCCUCAGUUAUACCAAGACGCACUCUACGUGACUCGCAGCCUGGGCGUACGAUACCUCUGGACCGAUUCCCUAUGCAUCAUACAGGAAGGUGACAAUCUCGCUGACUGGAAUCACGAGGUGACCCUCAUGAGCAAAGUCUACUCCAGGUCGCUAUGCAAUAUCUCUGCGAGCGACGCCCCAGACGCCACCCACUCUUUGUUCAACACUCGAGAUACGGACACAUGCUUUCCCGAAACGAUAGAAUGCGCCUUGAAAGGAAUCACCUCUCGUUAUUUGAUAUCCGAGGAUCGAUAUUGGGACACCGAAGUUACACGAUCGUUGGUAAACACACGAGCCUGGGUUCUCCAAGAACGUCUUUUAGCCCCUCGCGUCUUGCAUUUCGGCAAACGCCACUUGGUAUGGGAAUGCAAGGAGAAAUUCGCUUCAGAUGCCUACCCCGAGGGCUUACCUCGCGCUGGCACGUCCUCUGACUUGCGUCUUAAGGGGAUGUUUCCACGUCCAGGUUUAUCAAGCCGAGAGUACAGGCAUAUCUGGCAGAUAAUUGUCCAUCUAUACGCGAACUGCAAGCUCACCUUCCCCGGCGAUAGACUAGUCGCCCUCUCUGCUCUGGCAAGGACCAUGGGAGGUUUUAUGCAACAAAAGUACGUCGCUGGCAUGUGGCGUGAUAACUUGGAGCUUGAGAUGCUUUGGUAUGUUGACUGCUUCUUUGGAGCUUCAACACCAACCACUUAUAGAGCUCCUUCUUGGUCAUGGGUGGCAUCAGUAGGGCACCUGUUUCCGGCUGACACUGGGACGGAUGGUCGGUCACUCAUCAAGGUGGAAGAGGUACAUCUGGACUAUGUCACCGACGACACAUGGGGUAUGCUGCGAGGCGGAUGGCUUCAUCUACGCGGUCAUUUAAACAAGUUGUCACUAAUUGACCCAGAGGACUGGAAGAUGGCGGUGAAUGGUGUCCAAGUCGAAGUUUCAACGGAGAAGGACAUGCAACCAAAUAUCUACCUCGACACUCCAAACAACGAGAGGGAUAAGGACUCCAAGCCAAAUUUGUACUGCAUGCUGGCACGAAGGGGUGAGAGCAGGCACGAAAAUGUCGUCUUUAUCUUGUUAUUGGAGUUGGUCGAUGGUGAGACUGCAACAUUCAAGCGCAUUGGGCUUGCUCGUGGCGAGGUCAAGGACGCGCAGGCAACGUUUAUAAGCCCCAGUGAGGGAGAAGAUGAGUUUCCUUGUCUGGAGUAUGUAUAUGGGCAGCAUUUAAUACGCAUCAUCUAG